GUCCUGCUCCUGGACCAGGCACAGCACUGCGCGUGUGAAAAUGGGCGACUGGAACUUCCUGGGCGGGAUCCUGGAGGAGGUGCACAUCCACUCCACCAUGGUGGGGAAGAUCUGGCUGACCAUCCUCUUCAUCUUCCGCAUGCUGGUGCUGGGCGUGGCGGCGGAGGACGUGUGGAACGACGAGCAGUCCGAGUUCGUGUGCAACACGGAGCAGCCGGGCUGCCACAACGUGUGCUACGACCGCGCCUUCCCCGUGUCGCUGGUGCGCCUGUGGGUGCUGCAGGUCAUCUUCGUGUCCUCGCCCUCGCUGGCCUACAUGGGCCACGCCCUGUACCGCCUGCGCGCGCUGGAGAAGCAGCGGCAGCGGCGGAAGGCCCAGCUGCGGCGGGAGCUGGAGGAGGCCGGCGCUGGCGCCACGGCGGCGGGGUUGGCGGCGGACGGCGAAAGGCGGCGGCUGGAGAGGGAGCUGCGCGCGCUGGAGCGGCGGCGGAUCGACAAGGCGCCGCUGCGCGGCUCGCUCCUGCGCUCGUACGUGGCGCACAUCCUGACCCGCUCCGCCGUGGAGGUGGGCUUCAUGCUGGGCCAGUACCUGCUCUACGGCUUCCGCCUGGAGCCGCUCUACAAGUGCGAGCGCGAGCCCUGCCCCAACGCCGUCGACUGCUUCGUGUCCCGCCCCACGGAGAAGAGCUUCUUCAUGGUGUUCAUGCAGUGCAUCGCCGCCGUCUCGCUGCUGCUCAACCUGCUGGAGAUCCUGCACCUGGCCUACGGCCGCAUGAGGACGGGCCUCCUGGACUACUACCCGCAGCUGCGCGACGAGCUGGACGACUGCUACGCGGGCCGGCCGCAGGUGUGUGUCAGCGCGCCGUCUGCCGCGGCGGAGGGGGUGGGCCACAAGACCGCCGCUGCCCCGCCCGGUGCCCGCAGCCCCUCGCCGGACGAAAAGCGGAGCUCCCCCCCGCCGGGGUACCGCCCCUCUGCCUUCACGCCCGUCCACGGCGACGGAAAAGAUGGGGUGAAGGAGGCCCCGUCCAGCCCCGCCAAGGGCGACAGGAAGCCCAAAAGCGCCGGCGGCAGCGACGCACGCUCGCCGUCCGCCAAGGAUAGUACCGCUACCUCGCCCAAGCAGGAGGCGGAGCCUGAGAAAGGCCCCGCCCACCUGCCCCCCCACAGCAAGGAGGUGGCGCCCGGGAGCCUGCAGUUGGCGGGCGGAGGGCGGAAACCGCGACGGGUGAGCGCGCCCUCGAGCUGCGCCACCCUGGUGGAGGGGAAACCCGCCACCGCGGCGUCGCCCGGCGGCCCGGGGGGCACCAGGGCUCGGCUCGGUCCCGGCCUAGCCCGGCCCGUCUCCAGGUCGGACCCCAGGGGGCCGGGCCGGUCGCGGACCCCCGAAUCGGUGGAGGAGUCGAGCUCCGAGUCCCAGCACAGCCCGCGGCGGCUCUUUCCGGCCCACAGGACGUCGCUAGCGAGCUGCGCUAGCAGCAGGUGGGCCGCCACUGACCUGCGCAUCUGAGCGCUUACACACCUUUACCUCCGCUAUCGCCCUCACCUCCAGGCCACAGGGGGUCGCUAGCGAGCUGCGCUAGCAGCAGGUGGGCCGCCACUGACCUGCGCAUCUGAGCGCUUACACACCUUUACCUCCGCUAUCGCCCUCACCUCCAGGCCACAGGGGGUCGCUAGCGAGCUGCGCUAGCAGCAGGUGGGCCGCCACUGACCUGCGCAUCUGAGCGCUUACACACCUUUACCUCCGCUAUCGCCCUCACCUCCAGCCCAGAGGUGAAGUGAACCGUCUCUGUGACGCACUGGACAGAAACGUCCUAUCAGGGCAGAGGUCUCGUCCUGGACGACUGCACCCUCUGCUGGUUUUUGGUGUUUUUCAGCGCUUGUGUCUCUGAUUGGCUACAGAGACCGCACCUUGUUUUAAAGGUCUAAAAUGAGCUGCUGACUGAAUGGAAACCAUAAAAACCUGCAGACACUGCGGCCCUCCAGGCCUGGAGUUAAACCUGCAGACACUGCAGCCCUCCAGGACCGGAGUUAAACCUGCAGACACUGUGGCCCUCCAGGCCUGGAGUUAAACCUGCAGACACAGUGGCCCUCCAGGCCUGGAGUUAAACCUGCAGACACAGUGGCCCUCCAGGACUGGAGUUAAACCUGCAGACACUGCGGCCCACCAGGCCUGGAGUUAAACCGGCAGACACUGCGGCCCUCCAGGACUGGAGUUAAAAGACUCUGCGGCCCUCCAGGACUGGAGUUAAACCUGCAGACACUGCGGCCCUCCAGGACUGGAGUUAGACCUGAAGACUCUGCGGCUCUCCAGGCCUGGAGUUAAACCAGACUCCAGGACUGGAUUGUGCGAUAUCUGGUGUAGUGAAAUAUGUACUGUAUAAGCAGGGAGAGCAGAAGCUUUGUAUGUUUGAGACCCACAAACCAGACAUGGCACUGAAUUACAAGCUGGUGCUAGUUUUUUUGUUACCAUUUAGUACCGAUUUCAUACAUGUAGGGUCAUGAUGUUUGACAUUAUGGUCUGAGGAUGUUUGAACAGGUUCCAUCACUCCUUUAAAUUAGUGUCCCCUAGCCCCCCCCCCCAAACCCAUUUCUUUUCUCAUCUCUCCUUUUAAAAAAUCAUUCAGCUCAAUGAAAGAGUUUUCCCCAAAAUCAGCCACCUCAUAUCAUCAGGAUUAUGUUUUAUGAAUAAUAUGAAAUCAAGAACUGAAACAUAAACAACCCCCAGGCUGAGGAGACGUUCAGGAGCCAAAUGAUGUCAUUGCACACACCCCCACCACCCCAUCACAGACACCUAAGUUCAGCUCGCUCUGUUUUUCUGUCAGAUCACCUGAUCGACAUCGGCAGAUGUGUUCCAUCUUGAAACAGAGAUCACUGUAAUAGUGGUCUAAUGGUUGCUGAACAGUUUCCACUGAGUGGUACACGUGUGUCGGGCCUAAGGGGGGGAGGGGGGCGUACCCUUAACACUGAAACAAUCUGGUAUUAAAGGGCACUUUUGUGAAUUAUGUUUUUGUAAAACCAAAGGUGUGUAAAAAAGAAAAAAGGUUUAUGUUGAUUAUCUUGUA